AUGAGCCCGAAACCCGUCAUCGGCCUUUUGGGAGGCGGCCAGCUGGGCCGGAUGCUGUGCCAGGCCGCGGCUCCCCUCGAUGUCGAAAUCGCCAUCCUCGACGCCGAGAAUGCCCCCGCGAAGCAGGUCAACCACAACAACCGCAACAUCAAUGGCUCGUACAAAGACGCGGAGAAGAUCAAGGAGCUGGCCUCCCACUGCAGCGUCCUCAGCGUCGAGACCGAGCACGUGGACACGACGGUGCUGGAAGAGAUUGCGACGACUACAAAGGUGGCCGUGUGCCCGUCAUGGAAGACGAUUCGACUGAUCCAGGACAAGUACGAGCAGAAGGCCUACCUGGCCAGCAAGGGAAUUCCCGUCGCUGAGUCGGUGGCUAUUGAGGGAUCUGGCGAUGCCAUGCUCGCCUCUCUCAAAGCCGUGUCUGCCAAAUUCGGCUAUCCCUGGAUGCUCAAGGCCAGGAAGGACUCUUACGACGGCCGAGGGAACAUGAAGAUCUCUGGCGAAGCCGACCUCGAACAUGCUGUCGCCGAGUUUGGCAAGUUUAGCUGCUAUGCUGAAAAGUUUGUCCCGUUCCAAUGCGAGCUGUCUGUCCUCGUGAUUCGCACGGAAGACGACGACGGCCAGACCAAGCGCCUGCUGCCGUAUCCCGCCGUCGAGACGGUACAUGAAGACAACAUUUGCUCACGAGUCUACCUGCCUCCUCGGACCACUCCUGCUUCUGCCUGCGAGCAGGCACAGAAGGUCGCCGGCGACGUCGUCGACAAGCUUUGGGGAAGAGGCAUCUUCGCUGUUGAGAUGUUUGUCACCCAGGACAACCAGAUCCUCGUCAACGAGAUUGCCCCGCGACCGCACAACUCUGGUCAUCUGUUCAUUGAAGCGGUUCCAUACAUGUCACAGUACAAGGCACAGCUCACCUCGAUCCUCGACCAGACUCUCCCGCCCAAAAUUGAGCCGUACGUUGCUUCGAGUAUCAUGAUCAACAUUCUCGGAGGCGCCAAUCCCGACUCCCACCUCCCGCUUGUCGAGAAAGCCAAGUCCAUGUACGGAGACAAGAUGGCUGUUUACGUCCACCUUUAUGGCAAAGAGUCCAAGCCCAGCCGAAAGAUUGGACACAUCACAGUUACUGGCUUGGUGGCCAGCAUAGCGGAGCUCGAAGAGUUUGCGAAACCGCUGGUGGACAUGGCCAGCGACAUCAGACAGGAGAGGCUACAAUCGCGCACCAAGGCAUUGCGGCCAGACCAGGCGGUUUCCAAGCCCGCUCAGGCGCCGCUGGUCCUUGUUACAAUGGGCUCGGACUCAGACCUUCCUGUGCUUAAGGCUGGCAUCGACAUCCUGAACCAGUUUGGCGUGCCCUGGGAAGUUGACAUCACAUCGGCGCAUCGCACGCCGGCCAAGAUGGCUGAUGUCGCCACGAAAGCCGCUGCUCGCGGCAUCAAGGUCAUCAUCGCCGCAGCUGGAGGAGCAGCUCAUUUGCCUGGAAUGGUGUCGGCCUACACGCCGCUCCCCGUCAUUGGCGUUCCCGUCAAGGCCACACACCUCGAUGGUGUCGAUUCUCUCUACUCGAUUGUUCAGAUGCCGCGCGGUGUACCGACAGCCACGGUUGGCAUCAACAACUCGACCAAUGCAGCCCUCCUCGCAAUCAGAUGCCUCGGCGCCUUUAUUCCCGAAUACCUCGAGAAAAUGAAGGCGUAUCAGCUGGACAACGAGAAGCAAGUGGAAGAGAAGGCGAACCGACUGCGGGAGAUGAACGUCGAGGCCUACCUUGCGCAAAUGAAGAAAUGA